AUGGUCCGCGAAUGGAGGCGACUGAAGAAGAUCGACGAUCUCACCUAUAUUGGAGAAUGUGAUUCUGAGCAUCCGGCCGCCCGAGUUUUUGGAGGCCAUGUUUUGGCUCAAGCCAUGUCUGCAGCAUAUUAUACGGCACCAGAGGGAUUCUACGUGCACGCGGUGCAUUGUUAUUUUAUUCGAGGAGGAGAAGAAUCAAUUCCAAUCACCUACAAUGUAAAAAUCAUCCGAGAUGGUCGGAAUUUCGCAAUCCGAUAUGUGGAAGCUGUACAACAUGGAAAAGUGAUUCAUUUGGCGGAGUUUUCAUUGCAAAAGCUUGCCAGCGUCAAGGACACCUUCUCCCUGACUCCAGAAUUCCCAACCCAUGUUCCAGGCCCAGAUGGUCUUAUCAGCAACAUCUCUGGGCGUCAUCAAAAGGUAGCUGAAGGAUUCGACGCUCGUGAAUUACGGGGACAAGUCACCGAACGAAUGGCACCAAGUCUAGAAAUCCGACCAGCCGAUUUGAAUAUGUUCCUUCAUGGAACAGGUGGAAUCAAUCAGAAACAAUAUCUAUGGAUUAGGUAUAAGAUUCCUGUUGAUAAGACUGAUUAUAUGCUGAGACAUGCUACAAUUGUGUACCUUUCUGAUUUGGAGUUGGUUACAACUGGUGCAUUGUGUUUUGAUGAUAAAAUGUUCAAAUUGCAAACUUCAAUGGACCAUUCUGCAUGGAUUCAUCAGUAUGAAUUCGACAUAAACGACUGGAUACUGUAUGAGCAAGAAUGUGUGGCAAACUCGAACCAUCGAAGUCUAAUCCAUGGAAGAUUAUGGUCCAGGGAUGGAAAAUUGAUCAUGUCAACAUCCCAGGAAGCGCUGAUUUACAAAGUUCAACCCAGUAAAAUUUAA